AUGGCUGAAUCCAAGGUAUUCAACCAGACGAUCACCGACUCACAGGACGCCACUCCCUCCGAUAGUUUAUUGCAACAGAUCGCCGCCGUCAAAGCCAGUAUGUUGCAUCCCGACCAAACGACCACGGCGGCCGAUACCUCCAAGAGGUCGUCGUCCCAGUCUCAAUCUCAGUCACCGUGGGGCGGCCACCAGUCCCUUCCGGAUGACCUCGAGAUGUUCCAAGCUAGGCAGAUCGACGACGCUCCUCUGGACGAGGCUGAGUUCUCGCGCAUCGAGAGCGCUGUAGACGUCAUCAGUCUUCCGCCCACUCCUGCCUCGCGCAGUCACCGGUCCAACUCUUCUAGCCAACCACGCCCGUCGCAGUUCUUCGGCAGCGAGUCGUCAUCGCAGAAUAUGGAUGGCCCCACCCAACCGUUGUCUCAACCGACGCAGAUCAUCGAAACGCAACCGAUCGGACCGAUCACGACUGGCGGUCGAGCUAGCGAGGCCGUGCCUCCUGGUCUUCAGGCCGAACGCACGGAGUCGAGUAUCUACGGUGGCAACUAUAACCAAGGAGUCGCAGAGGCUGGCCCUCCUCCUAACCGCGCAAGUCCUCCUCUUGUAGGGACUAAUGUCACCGAAACCAGCAUGAACAUCCCCGGCCUCUUGAACUUCAGGACGCCAAUUGUGCCCGACAAUACGAACAUCCCUGGCCUCCAAAACUCCAGGACGCCGAUCGUGACAAACAAUACGAACAUUCCUGGUCUCCAGACCUCUAGGACGCCGAUCAUGUCCAACAACACGAACAUUCCUGGACUUUUCAACGCAGGGAACGCUGCGUCUCCAACUGUCGCCAGCAAUACGGACAUUCCUGGCCUAUUCCAUGCAGGUCGUGCUAGAUCUCCAAUCGCAACCAGCAACAUAAACCUACCUGGGCCGUCAAUAGUUGGGACUUCCACCGCUGCUAAGUCCUCGGACAUUCCGGGCCUGUCGACUGCAGGCGCCACGGCCGCAACCACGGCGACGCAUGACCCUCGCAGUGUCGUCUCCCUAUUCGCAGCCGGUGAUCCGCGUAAGCAGGAACGUACAGUCGGAUCAGGGCAAGAGACGCUGAUAGUCGACGAAUCCACCCAGCCGGAUGAGGACCACCCUCGACCUGUCCAAGGUCACAUCGCUCUCGCCCAAGUUACUUACAACACUGUGCCGUCCUCGACUGCUGCGACCAAGCGGGUGUCCCCUCGCCCUCCCUCGCCAAUUCCAGGAAAUGCGCAGAUCGUCGCGGAAUCCGAACCACCCGUUCGUCGAACCCUCCCUCCGCCUCGGGCACGCCAGUUUUUACGAGAGGAAGCGGACGAGACUGUCCCAGACUCGGAACCGACACAGGCUGAUGCUCGCGAUGCCACACCACUGCCCCCUCCGAAGUCUUCAGCGGUAGCGAAACGAACUGUGUCAGCAAGCGCAAAGAGCCGGGGCAGACAACCACAGGAGGAGGCCGAGGAGGUGGAUGUCGUUCCGGAUUCGUGGGAUGGCGAAGGAGUACCGGACCCUGCGACUUCGGACGACAGCGACGAAGAACUACCCCUAGCAGUCACCGCCGCGAAGUCGUCAUUGAAAAAGCCUGCCACGUCGGCUAAAGCGAAAGGCAAGCAGAAAGCUGAGCUACAGCCUGGCGAAGACCAAGAACGCACGCCUGUCCGUGGUUCCUCCCGCAAGGCAGCCAAGACGCCCGAGACCGGUGCGAAGUCUGCGAAGGGUCGCAACCAACCGCCUUCCACUUUAGCCAAGAAGCCAUCCGCUCGAAAGGGACGCGGUAAGAAGGUGACCCCCGCCAAGCCCAAAGUCAAACCAGCGGACGAAACCAUGGAGCUUGAUGCACAGGAAUCCGACUCUGCGGAGACUGUCGUGAUCCCAGAACCCGAAGAUGACCAACAGACGGAAUUAGCUGACCCGGACGAGAUGCGGGUCGAUGAUCCGCCCCAAGAUGUCGAGGGAUCUCGGAAACGCAAACGCGUUGUGUCUGGGAACACGGCGAUUGGUCGAUUCUCGCGAGCAUCCACCAGGGCUACGAGCAAGAUGUCCGACGUCUCCACUGCAUCGCGGCUUUCCAAACGUUAUAAAGGCGCCAACAGUGAUCCUCCGAAACCACCUACUCGCGUCGUGGCGAAAUGGGACAAGGAUGGUUGCUACUACUCCGGGACGAUCGUCGAUCGCCCAAGCAGUGGGGCGUGGAGUGUCUACUUCGACGACGGGUCGAGGGCGUCAGCUAUCGCCACCAAUGACUUGCGCAAAUGCGAGUUCCGCGAGGGAGAUCAGGUGCUGAUUGACCGGGGGGAGGUCGCAAUGAUCACCAAGGUUUUCCAGACUUCACGCCGGGUUCGCGUAGAGGUGGACAAUGGGGAGGAGCUGGACCAUUUUGAACGGAAGAUGUCAGAAAUCCGGAUUCCCGAGGACAUCAUCCUUGCGCAAUGGAAAGAUAGGAUGGUUUAUACUCCAGGCAUCGUCAUCUCACAGCAUCCGGACUCCCUCAAGAACAUGGACUCUCCUUCGAAGCUUUCCAUCGCCAGCUCUGCGUCCUCCUCGAAGCCACUCCAAGGCAGCGCUUUCGUGGUCUCUAUGAGCGUCGGAAACGAUGAUACGGAACGCGACGCGGUGAUAGACCAAAUUAAGCGUCUAGGCGGCAGGGUUCUCGACGACUGGACUUCUAUUUUGAACAUGGACGGCAGCUUUAGCAAUGCCAAUAGAAGGUGGACCAUUCGCAACAAGGACGUCAAGGUCGCCGCCGUUCCCACCAUAAAGCGCGUCUUUCUCCUGUCGGACGAAGCCACGCAGAAACCCCGUUAUCUAAUGGCUCUUGCUCUCGGGAUUCCUUGUGUGUCUACUCGAUGGCUGCACGAAUGUGACGAAUCCUUCGCGCCUGAUUGGCAUCCGUACCUCCUCCCAGCGGGACGCUCAGACCAGUUCACGCAUUCCGUCAGCCAGUUGAUCAACUGGGACUGGGGCCAGGCGGAUCAUGUCUCUCAACUCAUCAACCUCCAGUGUCCCAUGAAGGUUCUUCGCGGUAAGACUGUGCUGUGCCUAGGAUUGGACUUCGUUCCAAAUCCCAGAGCCGGUUCGAGGGCCAGCAAGAACUCAGUUAACGAAGGCGUGGCAGUCGUACCUCGCAUUGUGCUUGCCAUGGGCGCAGAUCUGGUCGAGGCAGCAGCCGAGCCAGCGUUGUCUUCAAGCCCCGACCUAUCUGCCUUCGACCUCAUCAUGGUGAAAUCGCCGGAUGAUAUGGAGGAUGUUCAGCCCGCCAACGGACACGUCGUGCACCUCCCUUGGAUCAAAGAUUGCCUGAUCACAAAUCGGCUCCAUCCUUAUCCUUCUACAAGCACUUAGAUAAUCGCUCAUUCAUCAACUCUCAUUAAUAAUCUCCCGGAGCAUGAACUCUACAGUAUAUUGACUUAUCCGUGUCUCGUCGACUGUUAUGCAUUACCCUGCUUUUAUGUCUACGUUUUCUCCCUUGCACCUUCUCUGUAAGAUAAUGGCAUUCCCUACAUACCUUUAUGUAUCAUAUUCACCGAUGUACAAAUGAAUCAAUCUUUG